GGGACCGUGACGUGCUCGGCGCAGCCCGCGUGACUCCACCUGAGGAGCAGCGAGGCUCUUUGGAGACGCCGGAAAACCCUCGACCAAACCCGAGGCAUUAAAGGCUCCAUGACGGGUCCAGACGUCCUCUGAGACAGACGCAUUAUCUGCUACUGCAGAAGCUCCAGUCUGAAACUCUUUCUACAUCAGUUGCCUACACUAUAAAAAGUUGGGAUGGGCUACGCACUAGUUAGAAGGAGGUGGAGAGAUGAUCUGCAGUGAUUAAAUGGAAGGUGGAUGGUGCAUUAUAAAAAGAGGCACGAGCGCGGGUCAGCAGUGGAUCCGCUGGGUUGGAGUAGGAGCGGCCGAGCAGUCACAGACAGAACAGAACCCGGCAGAGACGUGAAGAGCAGACGAAGCGAGCCGAGAUGCGCUUGGUGCUGCCUCUGCUCCUGUGUGCGGUGCUGGGCCUGGUCCAGGUGAGGGCGGACAUGAAGGCCAUGAAGCUGUGCGGCCGCGAGUUCCUGAGGGCCGUGGUUUACACCUGCGGAGGCUCCCGAUGGAGGAGAGUCCUCACAGAGGCCGACGUGGACGGCUUGUCCACGGGGGAGCAGAGCAGCUUGGAGAGCCUCAGCAGCAGCAGCAGCAGCUUGUCCAGGCGAGACAGUAACCUGCUGACCACGGUGUGCUGCCAGGUGGGCUGCAGGAAGAGCGACCUCACCUUCCUUUGCUGAGAACCACUGUCCUCCUCUUUCCCACUGUGACCAGACUGAAGUAAAUCUAAUGUUAAAAAACGCAUAUGUAUAUUAAUGCUCCAUUCCACCGCUGGUAUUUUUUCUAACUGUGUUCCUUAGUUUUGUUUGCGUUUUGAAAUGUGGACGACCUGAGCAUCUGUGAACAUACAGUACGUCUGUAGCCAAGCUGGAACAUGUGUCCUGUUCAAAUAUAGGAGAGAAACCAGGGCAGGUGUCCUGUCUGUAGCAGACAACCUCCAUCUCUGCUUUGAUGUAUUUAUAAACCCGAGGUUGUUUUUGUCAAAUAAAUGUUCUUGCACAGUC